CCCGGGCUCCGCGCAGCAGCCGAGCCGCUUUGGCAGCCGCGCCUGGGGACCCGGAGCGCUGAGGCGGACGGACCGCAGAGGUUGUUUGAAGGCCGAGGCGGACAUGGCGGCGCCGGCGGCAGCUCCGGGCCUGCUCUUCCGGAUCCUUGCUCUGCGCUCCGGCGUGGCCGUGGCUACACAGGUGCGUGGCGUCCACUCAGGCGUGGCUGCUGACAGCCCCAGCAGCACCCAGCCCGCUGCGUCCACGGCUGGAACCCUGGCCCUCAAAUCCUCCGCACUUCCCAGCAGCCGAGGCGAGUAUGUGGUGGCCAAGCUGGAUGACCUCAUCAACUGGGCCCGCCGGAGCUCCCUGUGGCCCAUGACCUUUGGCCUGGCGUGUUGUGCUGUGGAAAUGAUGCACAUGGCCGCGCCCCGCUAUGACAUGGACCGCUUUGGCGUGGUCUUCCGCGCCAGCCCGCGCCAGUCCGACGUGAUGAUCGUGGCCGGCACGCUCACCAACAAGAUGGCCCCGGCGCUCCGCAAGGUGUAUGACCAGAUGCCAGAGCCGCGCUAUGUUGUGUCCAUGGGGAGCUGUGCCAACGGAGGAGGUUACUACCACUACUCGUACUCCGUCGUGAGGGGCUGUGACCGCAUCGUGCCCGUGGACAUCUACGUCCCAGGCUGCCCACCCACAGCCGAGGCCCUGCUGUACGGCAUCCUGCAGCUGCAGAAGAAGAUCAAGCGGGAGAAGAAGCUGAGGAUCUGGUACCGCAGGUAGUGCCGGCCCCCUCCGGCCCCUGCAGCACCCCUCAGGAUGGUCAAUAAACUGAUAGACCCA